GGUGAUGGGGACAGCUCCGGGCCAGCGGGGGAUAGCAAGGGUCAGAAGGCACGGCUGGCGUCUGUAACGUGACGGCUCUAAGGGGGACUUGCAGCUGUGACCCAAGCGUGGCAGAGCCGCAAGCUGCCACAGUGCAGCCACGGGCAGGAACCGCACGCACAUCGCGGCGGGGCAGGGUGAGACGGAGAGGAGACGCGUGCGGGCUGCCGGCCAGAAGCUGACAACGGCAGACGAUCAGGGCGCCGACCCCCGCGGGCGGGCUGCGAGCUCCGAGCUGAGGCGCGCGGCCGAGCGGGGCCCGAGCACCGGAAACGGCGCCUCCCGCUUGGGGCGCUGCGCGCACGCGGGUGCAAGCGCUUUGCAGGAAGCAAACAAAAAAAAAGAAAAAAGAAAGAAUAAAGGGCAAGAGAGAAAAAGGAGGGCUGGUGAGCAGCGGGGGCCGCGCUCGCCUCGUGCACGUCCCGGCCCGGACCUCGGUCCCGGCUGCAGUCCGCCCGGUGGCCCAGGCCUCGGACCCGCGCCCCGCCGCCCUCAGGGAUCAUGGCCCAAGUGGCGCUGCCCGCACUGCCCAGGGAAGACACGGAGUCCUCGGAGCGCAAGAUGGUGGUCACCUUCCUCAUGUCCGCGCUGGAAUCCAUGUGUAAAGAACUGGCCAAGUCCAAGGCCGAGGUGGCCUGCAUCGCCGUGUAUGAGGCAGAAGUGUUUGUGGUGGGCACCGAGCGAGGCCGCACCUUUGUGGACGCCCGAGCGGAUCUGCAGAAAGAUUUUGCAAACUACUGUGCUGCAGAAGAGCUGGGUGAGGAGAAGCCUCUGCUCCCUGCCGGCGGGAUGCAGGUCGGCUCGGGGGAGGUGGAGACCCUCAGAAAGGCAGUAGAAGACUGCUUCGGCCUGUGCUACGGUAAAGCACUAGGCACCACCACCAUGGUGCCCGUCCCCUAUGAGCAGAUGCUGCGGGACCCAGCGGCCGUGGUGGUGCGGGGACUUCCAGCGGGGGCGCCCUUGCAGCGGCCUGAGAACUACGAUCUCCCCACGCUCCAGUGGGUCCUGGAGCACAGAGCAGGGAUUUCCUUCGUCAUAAACAGGCCGUUCCUGGGUGCUGAGAGCCAGCUGGGUGGCCGUGAGACAGGGACAGAUGCCAGGAGGUCCAUGCUAUCACCAAAGGAAAGCUCUGUCCCCGUCAGUGUGAAAAUGGAACCCCUGGAGGACCCCGGUAGGUGUCCUGUGCCCCUGGAGUAUCUGUCUCCUUUGUCAUUUAUUGUCUUUUCCUUUCCAGGCAGCCACCCUUCUUCCACAAGGGAGGACCAUGCAAGAGAGCCGGACUCACCAAUGGAAGAGUCCACUCAGCUGGCCUCCUCAGAAACCAACGAGGAUCCCGAAGGGGACAUGAAAAUUGAAGGAAACACAGAUUCAUCCGUCCUCACCACUUCUGCCUCAGGUGUGGAAGAGCUUAACAUCGUGCAGGUCACAGUUCCAGAUAAUGAGAAGGAAAGAUUAUCAAGCAUUGAAAAGAUUAAACAGCUACGAGAACAAGUUAAUGACCUCUUUAGUCGAAAAUUUGGGGAGGCAAUAGGUGUAGACUUCCCCGUGAAGGUGCCCUACAGGAAAAUCACCUUCAACCCCGGCUGUGUGGUCAUCGACGGGAUGCCCCCCGGUGUGGUGUUCAAGGCACCUGGCUACCUGGAGAUCAGCUCCAUGCGGAGGAUUCUGGAUGCUGCAGAGUUUAUCAAGUUCACUGUCAUCAGGCCACUCCCCGGGCUAGAGCUCAGUAACGUAGGCAAACGCAAGAUCGACCAAGAGGGCCGCGUGUUCCAAGAGAAGUGGGAGCGUGCAUACUUCUUCGUGGAGGUGCAGAACAUCCCCACGUGUCUCAUAUGCAAGCAGAGCAUGUCAGUGUCCAAGGAGUACAACCUGCGGCGCCACUACCAGACCAACCACAGCAAGCACUACGACCGCUACACGGAGCAGGCACGAGACGCCAAGCUGGAGGAGCUCAAGAACGGGCUCCACAAGUAUCUCAUGGGCUCCUCGGACAUCCUGUGUUCAGAGCCCAAACUCCCCAACAUCAGUCCACCGGAGAACAUUGUGGUGCAGCCCAUGGAAGACGUGACAGGGAACCCAUGGGAGAAGCUACGUGAGAAGAUCAAGCUGUUUGUGGCCUACUCGCUCGCCAUCGACGAGAUCACAGACAUAAACAACACCACGCAGCUGGCCAUCUUCAUCCGGGGCGUCGAUGAGAACUUUGAUGUGUCUGAAGAGCUCCUGGACACGGUACCCAUGACGGGCACAAAAUCCGCCAACGAGAUCUUUUCGCGCGUGGAGAAGAGUCUCAAGAAGUUCAAUAUGGAUUGGUCCAAGCUGGUGAGCGUGGCGUCCACUGGCACCCCAGCCAUGGUCGAUGCCAGUCAUGGGUUGGUCCCGAAGCUCAAGGCCAAGGUGGCCAUGCUCUGCAAGGGCUCCGACCUGAAGUCGAUCUGCUGCAUCAUCCACCCCGAGUCCCUGUGUGCUCAGAGGCUGAAGAUGGACCACGUCAUGGAUGUGGUGGUGAGCUCUGUGAACUGGGUCUGCUCCCGGGGCCUGAACCACAGUGAAUUCACCACGCUGCUCUACGAGCUCGACAGCCAGUACGGCAGCCUGCUGUACCACACCGGCAUCAAGUGGCUCAGCCGUGGGCUAGUGCUGAAGAGGUUCUUCGAGUCCUUGGAGGAAAUCGACAACUUCCUGUCUUCCCGGGGGAAACCUGUGCCUCAGCUGAGUUCCCGGGACUGGAUCAGGGACUUGGCCUUCCUGGUGGAUGUGACCACCCACCUCAACACGCUGAACGUCUCCCUGCAAGGACACUCCCAGAUGGUGACACAGAUGUAUGACCUGAUCCGGGCGUUCGUGGCCAAGCUGUGCCUCUGGGAAACGCACUUGGCCAGGAAUAACCUAGCACACUUCCCCACUCUGAAAUUGGUUUCCAGGGAUGAAAGUGACGGGCUCAACUACAUCCCCAGGAUCGCGGAGCUGAAGAGCGAGUUCCAGAAGCGGCUGUCUGACUUCAAGCUCUACGAGGCUGAGCUCACGUUGUUCAGCUCCCCGUUCGCCACCAAGAUCGACAGUGUGCGGGAGGAGCUGCAGAUGGAGGUGAUUGACCUGCAGUGCAACACGGCGCUGAGGGCCAAGUACGACAAGGUGGGCAUCCCUGAGUUCUACAAGUACCUGUGGAACAGCUAUCCCAGGUACCGGAGCCACUGCGCCAGGAUCCUGUCCAUGUUCGGCAGCACCUACAUCUGUGAGCAGCUCUUCUCCAUCAUGAAGCUCAGCCAAACCAAGGACGGCUCCCAGCUGCAGGACACACAGUGGGACUCCACGCUGCACGGCGCCACAUAGGAAGGAGGUGGCCACCGCACCCAGCCCUGGAGUCCGCUGGCCCAGGGAUGGCCCAGUGAGGGCGAUGGAGUGAUUAGGACACAUAUGGGGGGGGGUGAUCCACCUUCCCACUUCGAAUCAGAAGUCUAGUUUGCAAGAUGGUACCUAUUGGUGUGGUAUUUUAUGCUUCACUGUAGCUCAGUAAAACUCAAGAAAGCUGGA